GCUUUUGGACAUUUUGAAGCCUUUUCGUGUCUUAAAAAAAACGGUUGCAAACCAGUGGCUAAAUGAGACUAAUGAGUGUCAUCGCUGGAACACUAGUCCGCCAGUGAGAUGCUAACUUCCUGGUUGGCCUAUUAAAACACAUCAUCGCUGCAGAACUCAAUUGGCGUGGACCUUAAAACUGGUGUUAGGUUCCUGCAAUCAAUUCCCGAGUUUCUCAAACUGUUCUUGGUAGCUUCAAGUGGUUACACCCAACCGUGGUUGUACUGGUGUGUUAAAUGACCAAUUGCACACAAAACAAAAGACUUUAUCAUGUCAAUGGAACACAUCAGUGAGCUGCUUGUAGAAAACCCACUCACAGUGAAAUGAAUGCACCAUUAGCGUUCUAACGAUAAAACAACAGAAGGGAUGGAGUCGAGUACAAACGCUUUGUUCUGAGCUGUUGAACAGUUUAAUGUCUAAAAAGGGUGCUUUUAUUGUGAAAGCAUCUUCCUCUUCUUACUGCAUUGCAUUUAUCCUAACUUAGGCUCACGAUUAGCUCAUGAUAGCACGAUAAUGGAUGUCUGGUCUUUAUCUUUGCUUUCAAUAUAAGGCCUCAUGUGAGCAAAAUAGAUUCCAGGAAGGAGAUCUUGUUACAAAGUAUGUUUAGUCAUUAGCUCAUACGUGCACUCUGCGAUACAGUAAUAAAAUGCAUUGCACUAAUACAAGCUUGCUGAAUCAUACCGAUGGACCAGCAGAUGGGUUUCGAUUCCCCUCGCGCUCAAUUUCCAUACCAUUUCAAAAGUAAUCAAAAUAUUUGAAAAGAAAAUCACUGGCGCUGCUGCAUGUUGUUAAAUCAGUAGCAUCCCUAAAUAGUAAUGUCAUCGCUCUUUCAUUAAAGGAGUAAUCAAUCCAUUUCCCACACUGACUGUGUCGGUGAUUACUCAGGAUGAGGUUAUUAUGUUUUACAUGCGGAAAUCUAUCUCAGUGUAUAUUUAGUGUUCAUCAGCUGUUUAUUUUAAGGCUUCAUUAGGGAGACCGACUCUGUGUUUACCUGUCAAUCAACAGGUAGUGUUGUGUUGAGCUGGGAGGUCUCAUAUACCCUCAGGGUGUGUGCUUUUAUUCCUCUCUUUGUUUUGAAACCACAGCUACAGCACAGAAGAGUAUCUCAAUUUUCUCCAGUGGCAGUUUAUCAUAAAGUGGACCGAGAGAUGAUGGCGAGCAGGAAGCCCGUGGUGUUCUGCUAAAUCCGAGCGGCUCUGUUGGGAAAGUCUGUAUGUAAACCAGUCAAUGACCUGAAGAUCAUGAAGAGAAAAGAGCUGCUCACUUCCAACAGAUUCACUCAGUUUCUGCUUUACCAGAUACAGUCAUGUUUAUGAGACGAGAUCGUAAACUGUAAACUCAAGUCUGUAAUUUGUUGACAGCGAGUGAGUCACCAGACUGAUCUACUCCCUUAACAGGGAACGCUGGAUAACCUGUUUACAUUUGAUGCAUUUACAGCACUUCCGUUAGCUCUUUACCUGCAGUUUUUACAAGCUGUUAAUCGAAAAGGGAUUUUCCUUUUAUACAUGAUAUUGAAACAAAUAUGAAGAAAUGUACAUAUCACCGCUUUUUAGUCUUUUUAGAGCAUUUAAGGAACUCAGAAACAGCCCCUAUCUACUGAGGAACCAAAGUUCAACUCUUCCAUAUUUCAAGGACUGCAAAAGCUGUACUUCCAGCAAGCAGUACAGUUCAAUUCGUUACACAUUAGAAUGGUUAUUUUUGUGUUUAUCAAAAGUUGUGGAUAGUACCUGCUACUUUUUUUUUAGUACCACCUCGGUCGAGGUUCCAAGCGAGCUGAGCCGAUACUGGAAGGUGGAGUUAAAACACUGCUUAAUUUGAUAGCUUAAACGACUGAGAGAACAACUUUUCUUUACCUCCUCAGGUCAGUUUUCAUUGUUCUCUCCUUUCAACAAAGUGAUCUGUCACCCACUGAACACGCCCCCAACAUCGGGUUAAAAGCUCCACCCAUAUUUAACAUAUAUUUAACCACCUGGUGGUAGAGGCUUUGUCAUUUGGCUCCUGGCUUGAUGGUGGAGUUGAACAAUGGCAGUCAAUUUGUUGUGGGUGGCAUCAUUAUUGUCAGUUUGUCCACACACAUCAGGAUCAGCGAAGCAGACUACCAGAUCACCGAUGAUCUUUUCCCGGCCAUACACCUCCUGAUGUUUAUCGGUGCCAUGACUCUGGUUUUUGGCUUCCUGGGCUGCUGUGGAGCCGCCAAGGAGAACCGCUGCCUGCUGGUCCUGUUCUUCAAGGGCCUGCUCGGAAUGUUCCUCAUGCUGCUGGUCGGGGUGGCGCUGGGAGCCGUUUCAACAACUGCAGCAGCCCAGGAGCUGAACCAGGCCUUGGCCCAUUACAAGGGCACCAAACAUGCCAAGAAGCUAAAAGCCCUGGAUGCUCUGAAGAGUAAGCUCAAAGGCUCAGCGGUCACCAAGGAAACCUACAACCAGAAGACCACCAAGGGCAUCUACACCGCGCAGGUCCCCAACGGCACCGUCAGGAAAGAUGGCGUUCCUGGAGCGGUGCCCCUACCGUUAUCCCCUGUGAUCAGACCGGCACUGCCCUUGGCAUCCUUGACGACCCUCACGAUGCCAACGCCGGCACCUGUGGCCUCGCCGAUAGUCCAGAGCACCACGGCAGCCACUGCCCCGGAGACUACCUCGGCAGCUGGAGGGGACUCGACUCUCAACUCGCCCUUAGAACCAGACCUGGAGCCUGAGGUCAAACCGGAGGCGGAGAUGGACACGGAAACAGAGGAGGAGAAAGCUCGACGUCUUCUGUACUGCUCGCUGUGCAAAGUGGUGGUCAACUCCACAUCGCAGCUGGAGGCUCACAACAGCGGUACGAAGCACAAGACGAUGCUCGAGGCCAGGACCGGCGUGGGCUCCAUCAAGUCUUUCCCCCGGUCGGGAGUCAAAAGCAAACUGGCUGUAACAACCGUCAAAUCAACAACGGGCCUGCAGAACAAAACGUUUCACUGUGAGACGUGCGAUGUGCAUGUCAACUCAGAGACUCAGCUAAAACAGCAUAUCAGCAGCCGGCGUCAUAAAGACCGAGCAGCAGGCAAACCAGCCAAACCUAAAUACAGCCCCUACAGCAAACCGCUGAAAGGCCAGACCAAGCAGCCGAUAACGUUGUCCCUGGUUAAGGAGCGCCUGUGUCCGCCUCUCACCACUCAGAUCCUCCCUGCUCACCUGGCGUCAGUGGCCGCCGCCCUCAGCAACGCGUUCAUGCACCGCUCCAACCACGUCACCAACCACUACCCGACCCCUGCCCUCUUCCAGACACAGACCUUCCCCCCUGCACUGCUCCGCCCGGCCCCCGGGCCUGUCAGGACCUCCCACCCGCAAGUCCUAUUUGCCCCUUAUUGACCUGUUUGACCCGGGGCGGUUCUGCGACUCCCGUCAAGGACCGAACCAUGUGCUUCACCCAGACCAGAACGAGGAGUCGCGUCAGCAUCUGCACUCCUUCUAUGCAUCCGGGAACACCUUCUCACCUAUCCUCACAUGGAUUAUCCCACAUUUAAAGCUAGACUUAACUGCAGCUACUCAUGACGGAUUUAUUUCUCUAAUCCCACUGAAAACUACGAUAUACAUGCUUUCUGUGCCAUCCUGCAGCCCCCGGCUCACAGCCGGACCCCGGACCUGGAUCUACAUUGUACCGCAAUAAUGUAUAAGACUAACCCCCGUGAACUAUGCAGUGUCAUUAUUUCAUGAUGCGAGGCACAGUUUGAGCUAAACUACAGUAGGGUUGUGCUUUUUGUAAAGAUACAGCGUGGCACUAAGAUCAUUGCUUUAGUGGAGGAUUACUGUCGCUCGUUAUUUAAAAGGCUGUCACUGAUCUUAAGAGCGAGCGAGUCCCUCCUCUGUUCAUGUAUGCACUUUAAGCCCCUCCUCUGUUGAUGUCUACAUUAGCUGGCUAGACUGUGUUAGAUUGUUAGAGUACGUGUCGUGACGUGUGUUUUUGUAUCCGUCCUUGCAAAUCUGUAUGUGUGUGUGCAAGCGUGUGCUUCUGCAUGUGUGCUUGACUGGGUGCAUUUGGACAUGUGUGUGUGUGUGUGUGUGUGUGUGUGUGUGUGUGUGUGUGUGUGAGAGAGAGAGCUUCCCAUCCACCAUAGGCCAUCCUAGUUGAUACCCAGCACACAUCGUCACUGACCAUGUCUCGGGCCAGAGGGACCACAAAGGCUUGUGUAUAUUAACUGUCAAGUAUGUAAAAGGUGAACAAUUUCAAAUAAAAAGAGUCCUAAUUUGUUCAUGCUGGUGAUGUGAAGUUCAGUUCAUACAGGACAAGUUCAAAUCAUAACUCUUUUAAAUAUAAUAUAAACGGACAAGAGAAUCCCAUAAUACAGUACAUGUAUCUCUUGCUGUGAACUGAAGGAUGUUCACUCUGUUUGUAUCAAAUUGUGCAUUUACAGCAACACUUACCACCACAUUGUGCUUCUCCGACGCACGAACACACUCAGACUACUUAAUUCAAAUUCAGAAUACAGCAUUGAAAUUCCUAACACAAGUCCAUUUCCACCACUACCAAAAUAUGCUUCAGCAGGAUGUGCGCUCUCCUUCUUUGUAUCACGACGUGUGCUUGUAAUACAAAAACUGAUCUAUAAUCCUGAUGUCAAUUUUAAAUUAUUUACAGCAUCAUAUCGUAUAUAUAACUAGAAAGAGCCAGCAGAGCAGACGUGUCCACAAGUGAUGGCAAACGUAUUACAUUUGGGUAUAUUCACGCUUACUGGAUGACAGAUGACCUGUUGGAAUAAUAAUGCAGCAGAUUGUUCUCCAGCAGCGGCUGAUGAGGCGACUGUACUACUUCACUUUACCUCAAAGGAUAAUUGUAUUUUCCUUCCCGUCAACUAACCCCAUGAAAAGAAAACAUAUAUUAUGUGCUAGUACAUCUCUCAAUACUUUAUGAUUCAUGCUAAUAUUGUAACUAUACAUUUUAUUUAGAGAGUUUAUUCUACAAUACAUAAAGGCGCUUUAAAAAGAGAUUCAUGACAAGUAAACCUGUUAAUAGCUUCCAUGUGGAGAUGCUGCCGGUGUUUCAGUUUAAUGAGUGACCGUGUUAACUGGUGACUCUCAGCUAAAUGCGUCAUGCUUGCAGAACAUGUAGUCUCUUCUAAAAACCUUUCAAUCAAUUUAAAAUACAGACUCAUCUGUGUUCAUUAUCGA